CGCCGCGUGUUGGAAAAAUGUUGUAUUGAAAUUCAAAAUUCGUUUGGAUCCCAGCUUUAUUUUCAAUUGCACACUCGACCAGCGAGCUUCGUUUUUUGUUUCGCGUCUCUCCGCUCUUAGCGUUCUUUUCUCUCGUUCUUGCCGCGAGUGCUUCGCGAAACACUUAAAAAGUUAAGAUUCCGAUUUUUGCUGUGAGAUAUAUUUUUAUAGUAGUGCUCCAUAGUUCACAAUGCCCUCCGGUAUAAGACCCAUCGAUGUGCUGCUGGAGCGCGCCGGCGUGCGCGGCCACCAGCGAGCACCAUCGGACUCCAAGGAGUUUCACGAGGUGACCAAGCGAGAUGCCCUGCGCCUGCUGGAGCACGAUGUGGACCGUCUGCUGGAGACCACGGAGCUGGCCCGCCAGCCUGCUCUCAAGGCUGAGAUGGGACGCUUUGCCGAUCUGUUCGGACGCUUUAUCCAGGAGGAGGGUCCCGCAUUGGACUGGAACAAGAUCCAGAAGCUGCCCGAAAACGCCGUGAUGAACUACUCGAACCUUAAGGCGCCCAAGAACGAGCAGAUCCGCAACAUGCUGGACAAGUUGGUGGUCAUCAAGCUGAAUGGCGGUCUGGGCACCUCGAUGGGUUGCCAUGGUCCCAAGAGUGUGAUUCCCGUGCGAUCGGAUUUGACCUUCCUCGAUCUGACCGUGCAGCAAAUUGAGCACCUAAACAAGACCUACGAUGCCAAUGUGCCGCUGGUCCUGAUGAACUCCUUCAACACCGACGAGGAUACCGAGAAGAUUGUGCGCAAGUACAAGGGCUUCCGGGUUCAGAUUCACACCUUCAACCAGAGCUGCUUCCCGCGCAUCAGUCGCGAGCACUACCUGCCGGUGGCCAAGGACUUUGAGAUCGAAAAGGAUAUGGAGGCUUGGUAUCCACCUGGUCACGGUGACUUCUACGACACCUUCCGCAACUCUGGUCUGCUGAAGAAGUUCAUCGAGGAGGGCCGCGAGUACUGCUUCUUGUCCAACAUCGAUAACCUGGGCGCCACCGUCGACCUGAGCAUCCUCAACAAACUGGUCGGCGAGGAGCGGGCCACUACUCCAGUGGAGUUUGUCAUGGAGGUCACCGACAAGACCCGUGCUGACGUUAAGGGUGGUACUCUCAUCCAAAUGGAGAACAAGCUGCGCUUGCUGGAAAUCGCCCAGGUGCCCCCAGAGCAUGUGGAUGACUUCAAGUCCGUGAAGACCUUCAAGUUCUUCAACACCAACAACAUUUGGGCCAACCUGGCAGCAAUUGAUCGCGUUUUGCGUGAGCGCACCCUGAACAUGGAGAUCAUUGUGAACAACAAGACGCUCGAGAAUGGAACUCGUGUCAUUCAGUUGGAGACUGCUGUGGGUGCGGCCAUGAAGUGCUUCGACGGCGCCAUCGGCUGCAAUGUGCCCCGCUCGCGUUUCUUGCCCGUUAAGAAAUCGUCUGAUCUGCUGCUGGUCAUGUCCAAUCUGUACACCCUGAAGAACGGCAGCCUGGUGAUGUCGCCGCAGCGCAUGUUCCCCACCACGCCGCUCGUCAAGCUGGGCGAGAACCACUUCUCCAAGGUGAAGGAGUUCCUGGGUCGCUUCGCCAACAUCCCGGACAUCAUUGAGCUGGAUCACUUGACCGUGAGCGGAGAUGUGACCUUCGGUCGUGGUGUUUCCCUGCGCGGCACUGUGAUCAUCAUUGCCAACCAUGGCGACCGUAUCGAUAUCCCGGCCGGUGCCAUUCUGGAGAACAAGAUCGUGUCCGGCAACAUGCGCAUCUUGGACCACUAAACCAAAUCCUCUGCAAUUGGAUGAUCGUCUCACUAACUGUAGCCUAAUUUUCUAAGUUUUAUGUAGUAGCCAUGUUCGCGUUCCCAAUUUCCAAUUACGAAUUUCAUUUAGCCAAUUGUUGUAAGCACAAAGUGUGUCAUCUGUAUAUAUCGUUAAGUAGAAGCCAGUCAGGGUUUUUUAAAUCAAAAACGAAUCGCAAUAUGUUUUCAAAAAUGUUAGUCGUAGUCGUUCAAAUGAGAUAUAAAAGAUAGCAGCUGUUGAAACUCAAUAAAGGCAUGUUUAUUUCUAA